CAAAGGUAAAGCACGUUGCGAUACGCCCGCAGACGACAGAUAGCGGCAACAUAAUGGAUGCUGUGUGGAAAACCAUGAAUGAUUAUUUACCAAAGACUAAAGAAGAGUGGAACUGGUGGAUUAAAUUUCGUAAAGCUGACGUGAUUCUCAAGAAGCAUGACAGCUUCCUGUACUGUGAGAUUGCCUUCUAUGUCAUGGCUUUCCUUACAUUCAUUCAUGCUAUGCGAUAUGGAGGCAGAUUUCGGUGGCUAUGGCUAGCGUCGGUGUUCCAUGGUUUGACGAUGGAGUGUGUCAGCUACUUUGUCCCUGACAUCAACAACUACUGGCAUGCACAGUCAUCCGUGAUGCUGUUGGGACAACGACUACCACUCCAUAUUCUGUUCAUGUACCCUGUGUAUUACUAUGUGGCAUCGGUGGCUGUCGGACAUAUGAAGCUGAGGGGAUGGGCUGAACCGUUUGCAGUGGGGCUGAGUGUUGUUAUCCUGGACGUUCCCUACGGCAUUAUGGGCAUCAAGCUGCUGUGGUGGACGUGGCAUGACGAUGACCCCAACAUCUACGACCGCCACUACUCCGUGCCUUGGACCAGCUACUACUUCAACGCUACUUUUGCUGCAGGCUUCACUAUGGUUUUCCAUGGACUCCGCAACUGUUUGUGUCAGAGAGCAAACAAGUUCCAGUCUGCUGGGUUCUUGUUGGAGCUGAUGGUUGCUGUGACAACUGGCCUUCUGGCCAUGCCUCUGGGAGUCCUACAGUUUCUGCCCAUCUACCACCCACUACAUGACUCCUUCAAGCUCCACACAGAGGUGUGUGUUCUCAUGCUGCUGGGAGUUUACAGCAUCCUUGUGUGGAUUGCAGACAGAACACCACUAGAGGGAGCCAGGGGACCUCAAAAGUCAAGAGGUGCUAUCAGUGAGGUGUUCCUCUGCGUUCUGCUGCAUUAUGGGCUGUACCUCUACCUGGUGUUCACAGCGAUGCCGGAGAAAAUCCAGUCAACUGGGUUUCACCAGCCAGUUGGCAACUGCAACACAACAUUGCCAGUCCAGACUCCAUUUGGGAUGACUCUAUCCAAGCACAAGUAUUUGUGCCUCAGCAAGUAUGAUGAAGAUGUUUUCGACUUCCACUGCGUGAAGAAACAGCCCCCUAGUGGUAAAGACUGGUAUACAAUUUGUGGCACUGAGUUUCCCAACCAUGCUGAGUAUACCUUUGUGGUGACCUCAUUCUGUGUCCUGGGUCUGGUCUGGUACUGGCAGCUUCUGUUCCGCUCAGGCGCCGUCCCCAGCACUCAGGGCCCCAAACCCAAACAGCACAAGGACUAGGCAAGCUCUGCUUGAUGCUGCUACACCGGGAAAUCCAUUGCCAUGGCAGAGUUUUUGCAGUUACACUAUUCAAGAUAUUUUCUCACUAGCUGCAGAAAGAAUUUACAACACAAUAGUAAUUACAGGUGUAAUAUGUUGUGGGGAUUAUAUUUCUGAAAUUUAUGGUUUUCUAAUUCUAGGAUACAUUUGUGUUUAUUUUUUGUGAGAGAUAGGGUAAAAGAAUGAAUGUUAACUGUUCCCUGGAAUCUUUUUUCUUGAAGCUAGCUUACAAUAUGCAUUGCAAAAAUGCAAAUGAGGAAAAAAAACACAUUUUAUUGCACCCUAAUAAAAAGGUUAAGAAAUCAUGUUGGUGGAGCAAAACCUUUUAAUUUCUAAGUUGAUUUCAACAAUUUUCUAUUGAUUGUUUUUAAUUUUAUGAAGAAAAUUUAUUGACGAUUGAAAAUAAAUUCAAGACAUGUGUGAAAUUCACAUUUCUUUGAGAUUGGCUGAUUUCAAAUUGAUGAAAA